ACAGACAGAUAGACAGACAGACAGACAGACAGACAGACAGACAGACAGACAGACAGGAUGUGGUUCCGGCGAUCAACGACCCAGAGGUGUCUGCGGAGGUAUGUGAUAGGCCUCUCCCUGGCUGGCCUAGCUCUGUCUCUGCUACUGCUCAACAGGCGAGGAGCCUGACUACAUGCCCACAGACGGAUUGGCUGACGUGGAUCAAGACAUGGCCCUGAGAAAAGCGCGCGUGGCCUCCGUGUGCGAAGCGAACCCCCACCUUGUGGGGAUGUACACCAACAACUCCAUCGUGUCUGCCCGACACAGGUUCCUCUACUGCCCCGUGCCCAAGGUCGCCUCCACCUUCUGGACCAGGUUCUUCUACCAGCUCAUGUACACGGACCCCGUGGGAUCGCCGUUCGACGUCCCAGUGACCUCUGUACUCCCCAUCUACUUCUACAAAUUCAAACUGAAAGAAAAGACGUUCUCUGAGCUGACCACGGCGCUGUCCCGCCUGCACAAGCUGGUGUACGUGAGAGACCCCUACUCCCGCCUCUACUCCGCCUUCGUCGACAAAAUCAUCGCCCCGAACCCUUUCUUCUGGCGGCUCUGGGGCAAACCGGCCAUACAGAGGUACCGGAAGUCGUCGGGGCAGUCUUGCGGACAGGAUAUGACGUUCUCCGAGUACAUUUCUCUGACGGUGGACUCGGAGUGGAAGACAGACGUGCACAUGCAGCCCGUGUACCACUACUGCCCGCCUUGCAUCAUGAACUUCACCGUCAUAGGCAAGAUGGAGACGUUCCAGCGAGACGCCAUGAAGACCGCGUCCUUGCUCAACAUCUCCGAGAAGCAAAUCGCCUUCGACAGAAUGGAAAAGGAUGCUGUUGACGACGCGAUAUUCGACUCGGCCAAAGACUCGCUCUCGGACAAGUGGCUCAAGCUGUCUCUCCAGUGUGUCAGCAGGGACCAGGUGAUGAGGAGGAUUUUGAGGAAAGUCCAGCUUCGCGGAAUCGUCAGCUGGAGAUUUAAGUACCCGUACUCGAGACAGGAAUCCAAGAUGGUGAGUCUGGAUAAGUACGUGCGAGUCUUGACGGAGGCCCGGGAUCGAUACCUCAACAAAACCGAACUAAAGAUACAAAAGAAACAAGCGUACCUAGAGGCUUUCUAUAGCGUGCCGCAACCGGUUCUGCAGAAACUGGAUGACAUUUACAAACUGGACGCUUUGUUUUUCGGAUACGAGAAGGUGGGGAACCGGUUUAAGACGGGGAACCGAUUACCUCUCGUGCACACCGGGGCGUUUGACCUGACCAGGGAAUGGGAUCUGUCUCCCGUGUUGUGAUGACACAUUUGUGAUGACGACACACCUACACGUUUGUGAUGACACAUUUGUGAUGACAUACACAGACUUUGUGACAACACACUACACAACUACACAUCUACACUUUGUGACAACACACCCAGACUUUGUGACUACAUACCUACACGACGACAAACCUACACUUUGUGACUACACACCUACACGACAACACACCAAACUUUGUGACAACACACCCAGACUUUGUGACAACACACCCAGAUUUUGUGACUACACACCUACACGACGACAAACCUACACUUUAUGACUACACACCUACACGACAACUACACUCCCAGACUUUGUGAUAACACACUACAUAUCUAUUAAUUCUAUACGACGACACACCCAGACUUUGAGACAACACUGCCAGACUUUGUGACAACACACUACACAUAUAUACGACGACACACCCAGAUUUUGUGACAACACAUCUACACGACAACACACCCGGACUUUGUGACAACACACUUUGACUUUCUUGUGUGAUCUAGUUGUUUUAGAAAUGCAAGAGUGAAUAUUUAUUUUUAUAUAAUAUAAUUUUUAUAUUA